CGGGGGAGGGAAGGGAGGACACAGCUGCUGCUUUAGGGCUGAAACAGGUUGGGGUGUGUGGUGGGGGGGUCGCUAUGUCGGAUGACGAUUCGAGGGCCAGCACCAGCUCCUCCUCAUCUUCAUCCUCCAACCAACAGACAGAGAAAGAGACAAGCACGCCUAAGAAGAAGGAAAGCAAAGUCAGCAUGAGUAAAAACUCUAAACUGCUAUCUACCAGUGCCAAGAGGAUUCAGAAGGAAUUGGCUGACAUCACCUUAGAUCCACCUCCCAACUGCAGUGCUGGCCCCAAAGGUGAUAACAUCUACGAAUGGAGAUCAACCAUUCUAGGACCUCCAGGUUCAGUCUACGAGGGAGGUGUUUUCUUCCUUGACAUCACAUUCACACCAGAAUAUCCCUUCAAGCCUCCAAAGGUAACGUUCCGGACAAGGAUCUACCACUGUAACAUUAACAGCCAAGGCGUCAUCUGCCUGGACAUUUUAAAGGACAACUGGAGUCCAGCGUUAACCAUUUCUAAAGUUCUCCUCUCCAUCUGCUCCCUCCUCACAGACUGUAACCCCGCUGACCCCCUGGUUGGAAGCAUUGCCACUCAGUAUAUGACUAACAGAGCAGAGCAUGACAGAAUGGCCAGACAAUGGACCAAAAGAUACGCUACAUAAAUUGGAUUUUCGUCAAACUCUUACAUUAUUUGUCUGUGAUGGAAAGAGCUGCUUAUGAUUUUGAAGGGGUGGGGGGAGGGAGGGUGCUGGUAAAGAGUAGGGUAUUUCUAUAACAGAUUUUAUUCAGUCUUUUAUUUCCUAAGAUUUUGUUGUUGUAACUUAAGGUAUCUUGCUACAGUAGACAGCUAGGAUUUGGAAUAGCAUACUUUAAGACUGUAAUUAGUUCAGCAAUAUUAGCUCACAUAUAGUACCGAGAAGAAUGUAAACUUCUUAGACUUCUUUGGUUUUCAGUUUGCUUGCAAUAUGUAAAAGAUUAAAACAGCUUAAUUUUGUACAGGUACAUAGGUUGACAUUUAUGUAAAAGUCCUUUCAAGACUCUACACACUGUUUUUGCUUUGUGUUUGUUUGGGUUUGAGGGAUUCAUUUUGUUCUGGGUUGAAUUUCUUUUUUUUUUUU